UAAAGACAGUUACCACCAUGUAAGCAGCGGUUCUACACCCGGGAGGAGCUGCAUGGCUGAUAUGAGGACAGACUUUCUUCGAAAUGUUGGGCAACUGGUCCUUUGGAGACUAUUUCAAGAAGGAGGCUAUCGAGAUGUCCUGGGAACUCCUUACGAAAGUAUACGGGAUCGACCCUCAGCGGCUGUACGUGACGUACUUCGAGGGCAAUCCCGACAUGGGCUUGGAGCCGGAUUUGGAGGCAAAGGAGUUGUGGAGGUCUGUCGGAGUCCCUGAAGACCACAUCCUGCCCGGCGACAUGAAAGACAACUUCUGGGAGAUGGGCGAUCAAGGCCCCUGCGGCCCCUGCAGCGAGGUUCACUACGACAGGGUCGGCGGCCGGAACGCUGCCCACCUCGUCAACCAGGACGACCCCUUGGUCGUGGAGGUCUGGAAUAAUGUCUUCAUCCAGUUCGACCGACAGAAGGACAAGAGCUUGAAGUCGCUGCCCGCGAAGCACGUGGACACGGGAAUGGGUUUCGAGCGGCUCGUGUCUGCACUGCAAGACAAGACUUCCAACUAUGCCACCGAUAUCUUCACUCCCCUGUUCGAAACGAUUCAGGGGUUGACUGGAAAGAGGCCGUACACGGACAAGUACGGGAAGGACGACGUUGAUGGCAUCGACACUGCGUACCGCGUGGUCGCAGAUCACAUCAGGCUCCUGUCAUUUGCGAUUGCCGACGGUGCUGCUCCCAACAACAUUGGAAGAGGAUACGUGGUCCGCCGAGUUCUCCGGAGAGGCGUUCGAUAUGCCCGCAAAUACCUCGACGCCGAAAUCGGCUCUUUCUUCUCCAAGAUUCUCCCGGCGCUCGUGCAGCAAAUGGGUGAUCAGUUCCCGGAGCUGAAAAAGAAAGAGCAGGAUAUCAAGGAGAUCCUCGAUGAGGAGGAGGUGGCCUUUGCCCAGACCUUGGAUCGGGGAGAGAGGCAGUUUGAGAAGUAUGCCGCAUCCACCAUCAAGCGCGGCGAGAAGAAGCUGUCGGGUGCGGAUGUGUGGAGACUUUACGAUACCUUCGGCUUCCCUGAAGACCUCACUAGGUUGAUGGCUGAAGAACAGGGGCUUUCCAUUGAUGAUGCCGAAGUCGAAGUCGCAAGAGAGAAGGCAAGGGAGGCGAGCAAAUCGGUCAAGGAUGCUGUGCAGACAUUCCCGAAGCUCAAUGUCCAUCAAAUCUCAGAACUGGAGAACGAAGUAAAGAUCCCCAGGCCAGACUCGGACCCGAAGUACGUCAAGGGAGACACUACCGGCAAAGUGCAGUUGAUCUUUACUGGCAAGGAGUUCUUAAAGACAAGUAAAGACCUUCCCCCGAAAACACCGAUCGGCAUCCUACUCGACAAGACCAAUUUCUACGCAGAAUCGGGUGGUCAGGUCGCCGAUACUGGCCGGAUAAUUAUCGACGGUAUUGCCGAGUUCAAAGUGCUGGAUGUCCAGGAGUUUGGUGGCUACAUUGUACACAACGGCUAUCUCGAAUACGGAGAGCUGACCUCUGGCGACGAGGUGAUUUGCGAGUACGAUGAGCUUCGUCGCCAGCCCAUUAGGAGCAACCACACGGGUACACACAUCCUCAACCACUCCCUUCGCGAAGUCCUCGGCGAUGAAGUGCAUCAGAAGGGUUCGUUGGUCGAUCAGGACAAGCUGCGGUUCGAUUUCAGCCACAAGACUGGCGUCACACUCGCCGAGCUCAAGAAGAUCGAGGAUAUGUCCAACGCCUACAUUCGACAGAACUGCAAGACGUAUGGCAAGGAUGUCGACCUGGACCUCGCCCGCCAGAUCGAGGGCGUCCGCGCCGUAUUCGGCGAGACGUACCCCAACCCUGUGCGCGUCGUCAGCAUUGGCAUCGAGGUCGAUAUGCUGCUCGAGAACCCCAAGAACCCCGAAUGGCGCAAGGUGUCGGUUGAGUUCUGCGGUGGCACGCACGUCGAGCAGACGGGACUCAUCAAGGAUCUCGUCAUCACCGAGGAGAACGGUAUCGCCAAGGGCAUCCGACGCAUCGUCGCCCUCACGGGCGAGGCCGCGCACCAGGUCCAACAGGAGGCGAAGCGGUUCGCGGAGCGGAUCGACCUCCUGGAGGCGAUGCCCUUCGGCCCGGAGAAGGCGGCCGAUAUCAAGGCGACGCAGGUGGACCUGGACCGGCUGUCGAUCUCCACCCUGACCAAGGAGGAGCUCAAGACCAGGUUUGCCAAGAUCCAGAAGGGGGUCCUCGACGAGCAGAAGAAGCGCCAGAAGGCCGAGAGCAAGGCCGCCAUGGACACUGUCCAGGGACACUUCAAGAAGGAGGAGAACAAGGACGCGAAGUGGUUCGUCGGCCACCUGCCCAUCUCGGCAAACCCCAAGGCCGUCGCGGAGAUCAUCACCCACUUCAAGUCCAAGGACAAGGACAAGACCGUCUAUGUCUUCUCCGGCGACAAGGACGAGGCCGUCUUCCAUGGCGUCUACGUAGGCACUCACCUGUCCUCCAAGGGCAUCACCGCCGAGGAGUGGACCACCGCCGUCAGCAAGGUCAUCGGCGGCAAGACGGGCGGCAAGGAGCCCUCUCGGCAGGGCGCCGGUGCUGAGCCCGCCAAGCUCGACGAGGCCGUUUCGGAGGCCGAGAAGUGGCUGCUCCAGAAGAUGGAGGAGCUGAAGAUCUGAGCUCCCUCCUAGUUGGCAGUAUUCCUUUUCCCUCUGUCGUUGUCCUUCUCGGUCUUGAUAUUCAAUAUAUCAAGAUGGGAUGUGGUGUUAGAUUGCUUCGCUUAAGG